AUGAUACCCAGAUUGUUUACUAUACCAUUAAGAUAUAGUACUACGGGAAAUAAUACUCUCUACCAUAAUAAACGACAUAUAUUGUUAUUACUAAAUCAUCGGUUAUUCACUGUGUAUCGGAAUCAUAUCCGUCAAUGUCAGAAUUCUUUAGAAAAACCUCAAUCUACACUCAAGAAUAAUCAAGCUGGAUCUCCUUUAAAUUCUAAGCUAUUACAAUUAAAACCAAUCAAACCUAAUGCUCUUUUCAUCUCAUGUACAGUCUUCAAUUCUAAAGGGUCAAUAGUCAAAGUCUCGCAAAAUUUUAAUAAAUGGAAUUUUCUAAGAGAUCAUAAUCUGUUUCCAAGAGAUUUAAGAAAAAUUGAUACCUCCUCAGUAGACAUCAUCCCAACUAUUCUGGUGAAGCCUCAUUGUAUCCUUGUAAAUUUACUUCAUAUUAAAGCCUUGAUAGAAAAGGAUAAAGUGUUUAUAUUUGACACCACUAUCCCUGAAUCUGCAAUGAAAUUAGGUGUCCUGAUGUAUGAUAUGGAGUCUAGACUAUCUCAAGUCAACCCAAACUCAAAUAAUUUUUAUGAACAUAGAGCGUUGGAAAUCAUUUUAAUUAAUAUUAUGAGUUGUUUGGAGGCAGAGUUUAAAGAAUGUUCUACUGUUUGUAGACAAAUCCUUAUAGAUUUGGAGAAUGAAGUUAAUAGAGAGAAGUUAAGGGAACUGUUAAUUAAAUCAAAGGCUUUAUCUUCUUUUUAUCAAAAGACCUUUUUAAUUAGACAAGUAUUAGAUGAUUUACUGGAAAAUGAUGACGAUAUGGCUAUGAUGUAUUUAACUGAUCCAAGAAUACCUCAUACAGAUACUGCAAGCAACUCCAUACCUCCAUCCUUAUCCUCAUCCGCACCCCUUAAAAUAACAUAUAAUGGCAAGGAAGUGAACGGAGAUACACCUAAUGAAAAUAGAAAAGAUGCAAAUGAAGAAGAUGAAAAUGGAGAAAAAGAUAUUGAUUUUUCUGAUUUAGAAAUGUUGAUAGAGAAUUACUAUACACAAUGUGAUGAGUUCGUUCAACAGUCAAUUUCUUUAAUAGAAGAUAUUAAAUCAACAGAGGAAAUAGUCAAUAUUAUACUAGAUGCAAAUAGAAAUUCUUUAAUGCUAUUAGAAUUGAAAAUCACAAUAUAUACACUUGGCUUCACAGUAGCUUCACUGUUACCUGCAUUCUACGGUAUGAACCUUAAAAAUUUUAUUGAAGAAUCCUCUUUUGGAUUUCCUGGCGUAAUGCUCAUCUCCUUUUUAAUGGGCUUAUUUGUAGUUAGAGCAAAUUUUAGGGCUUUGAAAUCUGUGACUAAAUUAUCUAUGUUUAAGACAAGUUCUGAAUUAGAAUCAGGCCUUGUUCAAAAGACCAACUCUAAUAACAAUAUAAACUCGUUUUCAUUUAAUAAAAAAUAUUCUGCCAAACUUUCUUCUUCCCAUUCAUUUUCUGCAUCAUUAUCCCCACAACUUUACUCUUCUUCCACAAUCUCACCAUCUUCUGUACGGAAACAUUCAUAUAGAAAUUUAUUAAAGGUAAUGUGGUGGUCAAAUUUCAAAGAAGUUUUAAUUCGUUAUUGGUUUGGUGAAAAGUAUACUCCUAAAAAUAUGACCAAUUUAAUGUCAUCACAUAUCAAUACUAGAACAAGCUGUUCUGAUGAAGAAAAAGAUGUAGUUUGGAAAUGGUUAAUCGAUAAUAAAAAGAAUUAA